GGAAGUGCGCCUGCGCGGUGCAGCGGCGGGCCGGGCGCCGCGCUCGCGAUCCGGCGUUUACGUCAGGCUUGAGGACCAACCGGCGGACGCUAGAACGGAUGCUGGCUGCCGGCUGCGACCCGGGCCUGGGUCAAUGAGGAUCCCUCUGUCCUGCCAGGCCGGUGUCCCCUUCCCCACCCGCUCCGCUAGUGUGGAGCCGGCCGGUGUGCGAGUCGAGGCCUAGGCCCGGUGCGAGCCCCCACACUGCUCCUCGCGGGCGGAGGUUUUCUAUCAGAUGUUCCACUGUAAUAAUGCUGGGUAACCCAAAUCUAUUUCUGGAACCAUGAAAGUUUUGUUGGUAUUUGACUUCGACAAUACAAUCAUCGAUGACAAUAGUGACACCUGGAUUAUACAGUGUGCUCCAAACAAAAAGCUUCCUGUGGAACUACAAGAUUCUUACCAAAAGGGGUUUUGGACAGAAUUUAUGGGCAGAGUCUUUAAGUAUUUGGGAGACAAAGGGGUAAAAGAAGAUGAGAUGAGAAGAACAGUGACAUCAAUGCCUUUCACUUCGGGGAUGGUAGAGCUUUUCAACUUUCUAAGAAUGAAUAAGGAUAAAUUUGAUUGCAUCAUUAUUUCAGAUUCAAAUUCAGUCUUCAUACAUUGGGUUUUAGAAGCUGCUGAUUUCCAUGAUGUCUUUGAUAACGUGUUUACAAAUCCAGCAGCUUUUGAUAACAAUGGUCGUCUCACAGUGAAAAAUUGCCAUGCUCAUUCUUGUAAUAGGUGCCCAAAGAAUCUUUGCAAAAAUGCAGUUUUGCUAGAAUUUGUAGAUAAACAGUUACAAAAGGGAGUGAGAUAUGCACGGAUUGUUUAUAUAGGCGAUGGUGGAAAUGAUGUCUGCCCAGUAACCUUCUUAAGAAAAAAUGAUGUUGCCAUGCCUCGGAAAGGAUAUGCUUUACAUAGAACUCUUGCCAGAAUGUCUCAAAAUCUUGAGCCUAUGGAAUCUUCUGUUGUAGUUUGGUCUUCAGGUGUUGAAAUAAUUUCUCAUUUACGAUUUCUAAUAAAGGAGUAAUGUGCCAACCA